AACAGUACAACGCGGAGGUCGAGGAGCGAGUGUGAGGAUCCUCUGCUCUCACCAGUCAGCUGAUACUUGAAACUCUUACGUCGUUUGAUCCCCGUAAAGAGAAAGGAUGGUGCUGUUUGAAGUGACGGGAAUGAAGAUGCAGCCCGGAGACACGGUGAGGAUCAGAGGGAGGAUUCUGGAGGAGGUCGUGAGAUUCACCGUGAAUCUUGGCAAAGAUGACAGAAACAUUGCCUUACACUUCGACCCUCGUUUCAAUCAUCUGUGUGAUAUCAAAAAGAUUAUCAUGGCCACCCGGAAAGAUGGCACAUGGGGACAUGAGCAAAAAGAUGACCACUUCCCCUUCUAUUGGGGGAAACAAGUGGAGAUUAUAAUUGCCUUCUUGGGCGACACGUUUGAAAUCACUCUCUCGACUGGUCACCGGAUUGUGUUCCAAAACAGCCUGAAGAUGGAAAUCCUCACCUACAUGUCUGCGUUUAAUAUGACUGUGUCCGAUAUCAAAUUUUACUGAGGUGCUGAGAUGUCUGAACCAUUAACCAAUAAAAACUUCUGAAGAGCC